AUUAUGGUGCAAUUGUGAAUGAAAUGGGGUUAUACUACCUUCACUUUCUCCGGUCCAAAAGCAUGACAUCCUCGGGCUCCCCGAAUGACUCGCCCGGUCCAAUUGUUCCAAGGACCAGGUUGUUGAUCAAGGAUGUACCAGACAACCACGAUGACGAUGACGACAUUGCUUCGACUCCAAGGAGUAGUGUGAGGAUGGAAGAAGUCGAUUCGUUGGACGACGAAGCAGCCUCUAACUCAUCUAAUGUACCAACUCCCGCCCUGAAUUCGACACAGUCUACGACACCUCAGAUGAACACUACCACAACCGGGAAUGGGUCUGGGUAUCCAUUCCCGGAUGGGGUGAACAAUUUGCCCGGGGGAGCAUUCAUUCCACCCGGAGAUGCCCUGAGAAUGCUCCAGUGGCUCCAGCAGAAUCAAAUAUUCAUCCCUGGUUACCAUCCGAUGGAUCCGAACGCCAAUACAGGGACUCUCACAACCCUCCCCAACAAUGCAAACAUGUUCAACCCAUCUGCAUUAACUCAUGCAUUCAACAACGUUCACAUGAAUGGGCAAGACGUUUACGAUGCUCCUAGGAUGACCUCGGCCUCCAACAACGUAAAUCAGUCGCAAUGGACAAACCCGUACAGGCAAUCCACCGUCCCUUCUCAUCCAGCCAUGGAGUCAUCGAUUGCACCUACGUACCCUAACUCUAAUCAAUUUCUCAAUACCCUAUUGCCUUUGGCAUCCAUGGCAAACGAACCACCACCUCCUGUAAACAUGACAGAAGUGUCAAGGAAUUCGGAUAAGCUGGAUCAGUUAUCAAACAAUGUUCAAGCUAUGGAACAGGGCAUCGACUCACUCAUCGAAGGCAUAGGGCUUGACCCCCUCUCCGCUGCCUCACUAAGGGCUGAACAAGCCAAUGCGGCACUUCCCAAUAAUUCUGGCGUAGAUAUGCACGCUCCAUCUGCGAUAAAUUCGCAGAUGAAUGUCAAUUUGGGAGGUCAACCCCAAAUGGGAGCGGGAGACGGGGGCGACUUUACAUCCGGGAUGAGUGACUUUGACCUUGAUACAUUACUGAAACAACUGGGUGUAGCUGCAGCUGCCAGUACUCCUCCUGCCAUUCCAUUUACCGAUAACUUCCACCCCUCCACCGGCCUGGGCGACCCUUAUGACCCUAAUUUAUUUAAUGAGGUAAACGUCGGCUCAUAUGGGCCUGAACGUCCGAUUCAAGACUCAUCCUCGACUUUCCUCAAUGAAAAUGCGUCCACCUUGAUGCCAACCGAACCAUCCUCUGAACCCCAUUCGGCUUUCAACACAAUGGAAGAUGUUAGGAAUAUUCGCGACAGAGGGACGAAACGUAAAUCAGAAGCUGUCUCAGAUGAUGGUAUCAAUCCUACUGGGUCUUCGACAGUUCCUGGCGAUACCAAUUCUGGCACAACCACACCCAAAGCUCAGGUCAAG